AUGGCGGGCGCUGUGUUGUUUGAGCGGGCGCAGGCUGUGUCAAGUACUAAUAGAGAAGAAGGUAUUUUCUUACUCAAUAAGAUCGUCCAGGAGCAAGAAAUCGCUGAAAAUGACGAAGAUACGAUUCGACUUAAAGAACAGGGCAUUCUGCAACUUGGGGAGUUGUACAAGAAAGAAGGUAAGGCAAAGGAACUGGCCGAGUUAAUCAAAGCUACCCGACCUUUUCUGAGUCUCAUAAGCAAGGCAAAAGCCGCGAAAUUAGUGCGGUCGUUGGUGGAUUUCUUUCUGGACUUGGAAGCUGGUAUUGGUACUGAAGUGCAGUUAUGCAAGGAGUGUAUUGAAUGGGCUAAGGAGGAGAGGAGAACCUUUUUGCGUCAAUCGCUAGAAGCUCGUUUGAUUGCAUUAUAUUUUGACACUGGCAUGUUUACUGAAGCUUUAGCCCUAGGUUCUACACUUCUUAAAGAAUUAAAGAAGUUAGAUGACAAAAAUCUAUUGGUAGAAGUACAGCUUUUGGAAAGUAAGACUUAUCAUGCUCUAAGUAACCUUCCAAAAGCUCGAGCAGCUUUAACAUCUGCCCGGACUACAGCAAACGCUAUAUACUGCCCUCCUAAACUACAGGCAGCUUUAGAUUUGCAGUCUGGUAUUCUCCAUGCUGCAGAUGAACGUGAUUUCAAAACUGCUUAUUCAUACUUUUAUGAAGCAUUUGAAGGCUAUGAUAGUGUGGAAAGUCCCAAAGCUCUCACAGCUCUGAAGUAUAUGCUGUUGUCAAAAAUUAUGCUUAAUACUCCAGAAGAUGUCCAGCAGAUUAUUAGUGGUAAACUAGCUUUGAAAUAUGCGGGUAAAGACAUAGAAGCAAUGAAAUCUGUAGCACAAGCUAGUCACAAGAGAUCUUUGGCUGAUUUUCAAAAAGCUGUAAAAACUUAUAAAAAGGAAUUGGAAGAGGAUGCAAUUGUAAGAGCUCAUCUGGGCACCUUGUAUGAUAAUAUGUUAGAGCAAAAUCUAUGUCGCAUUAUUGAACCAUAUUCAAGAGUUCAAGUGGAUUACAUUUCCCAUUCAAUAAAGCUGCCAACUCAUCAAGUUGAGAAGAAACUCUCACAAAUGAUAUUAGAUAAAAAAUUUCAUGGAAUUCUGGAUCAAGGAGAAGGUGUUUUAAUUGUGUUUGAAGAAGCUCCCGUGGACAAAACCUACGAAACUGCUCUAGAAACUAUACACAGUAUGGGAAAAGUUGUAGAUACUUUGUAUCAAAAAGCAAAAAAGCUAUCUUAA